AUGGCGUCGGUUGUUACGUCCUUGGUAUUGCCCUAUUUUGUGACGAAUUCGGAGGUUAAGCUUAAGCCCCGAGUGAGAGUUCAAAGUUCAGGCGGUGGCGGCAAGUCAGAUAUAUUAUCUUCUGAUUCAAUUCGGGUGAAUGGAACUUCUUUCACUGAAGAGAAAGAGAAGAACGGGGCUUUGCUUGAUGGAGUCAUCAGGAAGAAAGAGAAGGGCGACGAUGAUAUGAUUGAUGGAAAAAAAUGGAGGUUAAAGCAUACUGGAAUUGAGAAAAAGUGGGUGAAAGACGUUGUUUCAGAUAACUUGGAAGUUUUGUGGGACGAUGGGUACGGGACCAAGACUGUGAGAGAUUAUCUUGAAGAAGCCAAGGAGAUUAUUAAGCCUGAUGGUGGGCCACCCCGGUGGUUUUGCCCUGUUGACUGUGGGCAGCCUCUAAAAGAUUCUCCGAUUCUUCUGUUCUGCCCUGGGCUUGAUGGUGUUGGCUUGGGCCUUACUUUGCACCAUAAAGCUCUUGGAAAGGUGUUUGAAGUUAGGUGCCUCCAUAUUCCUGUUUAUGAUCGAACACCAUUUGAAGGUCUGGUGAAAUUUGUUGAAGAAACAGUGAGGGUUGAGCAUGCCUUGUCUCCGAAUAAGCCAAUUUAUCUGGUGGGGGAUUCCUUUGGAGGUUGCCUUGCUCUUGCUGUUGCUGCUCGUAAUCCUGAAAUCGACCUUGUGUUGAUACUGGCAAAUCCAGCCACAUCAUUUGCCAGGUCACAGCUGCAACCCAUGUUCCCUAUUUUGGAGGCUUUGCCUGAUGAAUUACAUGAUGCUGUCCCCUAUCUCCUUAGCUUUGUUAUGGGUAAUCCAUUAAAGAUGGCAAUGGUCAAUAUUGACUCUAAGCUUCCUCCAGGAUUACGAAUUGAACAAUUGUCUAACAACCUUACCGCUAUGCUACCUAGCCUUUCUGGUUUAGCUGAUAUCAUUCCAAAGGACACUCUUCUGUGGAAAUUGAAACUGCUCAAAUCAGCUGCUGCCUAUGCCAACUCCCGGCUUCAUGCUGUAAAAGCUGAAAACCCCAAGAGUAAUCUUGUUGAUAUUUUGAAAGUUAAGCAAGGAAAGAGAAUCUAUCGUGAUGCCUGA